AUGUCGGACAAACCAUCUCAGAGUCCAGCUGUUGUUGCCUCGGACAAUGCCUCGGUAAAAACCUUGGAUCAACCCUUGGAUGGACUUACGGAAAUCCGAGGAGACGGUGGAAAAACCACCAUAGAAAAAACAACUUCUACUAAGCUAACUGGUGGUCCUAAGAGGUUGGGACUGCCCUUGGCCGUGCUUCAAGCUAAAGCCGAACAUCAGUUGAGUGGCUGGGAUGAGUCGCCCUGGAAACACUACAACCAUAUAUUCAACUGUGACCUCGCCGGUGACGUUUCUAUAGCUACCGCGCGUACCCAUCCAUCGGAGUUAAGGGCCAUACGGACACUUAAGAAAGAAGAUGCCGAAGAUAUAUUGGAGAAGUUCCGUACAAUUCGACAUGAGAAUAUCCUGCUUGUUCGAGAAUACUUCACAUAUGAAGAUUCUGUAUACAUGGUGUUUGACGAUCUCCCUGUGACUCUCGACCACUUGGUCGCUUGUGAUUAUUAUCCACAGGACACUCAAGUCUUAUCCGCGCUUGCACAGAUUCUCAGCGGCCUAUCCUUUCUCCAUGCAUGUGGGUAUGACCACCAGGCUCUCAUUUGCUCCAACAUCCUGCUGGGAAUGGACGGCACGAUUCAGAUCGGUAAGAGCUACCUGACAUGCCGGAAGAAAGAGCUGACAAACUCGUCAGCGGCAUUGGACUGCUGUGUGAGGGGGUCUCCAGAUCAGUCCAGGUCAAUCGAAGCUGUCGCAUCAAUAGCCACGCUGCUCAUGCAAAAAUAUACCAAGUCCAACGGCGCCAAGGGAAUCGAUAAUGUAGACCGCUGGUCUAUGGACUCUUUGACUUUUCAAUUUCUCCUAAGGACAGAUACAGCUGAAUCUGUCGAUGAGUUAAAAGACUAUAUCCUCAAGACCGCGAAACUCUCAAAAGAGCAUUUAGCGGGAUUAGCUCGAUUCGCACUGAUUUCGGCACGUACUUUCUACUCUAUCAGUUCCCAGAUGUGA